ACUGUUUCCAAACCUCUGUUUAAUUCCACCAGGAACAAGAACAGCCCCACUCAUGUUGUUGUAGUCCGACUGCGCUUCAUAUCGCUUUGUGAUCCUCGUACACCAUGUCAGCAUCUGGCUUUAUCCUGGUCAUCCUCGCGGUGUCUAUGGGGCCCGGAGACUCCAGGUUCAUCACAGACCCUUUGUCAUUCAUCAAACAGAAAUCUCUGACAUUAGAUAUGUGCUCAGAGUGCAACCAGGUCAUCCGUCUGUCCGCCAACAUGAUUUCCAGCAGAGAUACCAAGGAGAAUGUGUAUGAAACCUUGCAUGCUCUGUGCCAACGCCUCCCAAGAGAGCAAGCAUCAGAGUGUGACUCACAGGUGAAGACGUAUUUGCCCAAAGUCCUGCAGAAGACAUCUGGUCACCUGAAACCAGGAGACACCUGUAUGGUUUUUGGACUUUGUGCUGCCCACAAGAAGGAGGAACUGCUGGAACUUCCCCAGCAGGCCCCCGAUGAAGGCGUAUCCAGAUCUGCAGUCGGCACAGCCACCGGAACCCAAGUUAGUUUCAACCCAGUUUGCACCCUGUGUCUUUAUGUUCUCAAUAAGCUGGAGAACCUGUUGCCCAAAAAUAUGACUGAGGAUGCUUUGGUGAAGCUCAUGGCUGAGGUCUGCGAUCUCAUACCACAUAGCUAUAAGGACGAAUGUGAUGAUUUUGUCGACAAAUAUGGCGCCCAGAUAAUCGAAUUCCUCUUAUCGACUGCUGCCCCUCACACAAUAUGUUCUCUUUUGCACCUCUGUUUGUUCAAGGAGCAGCCUGCUCCAGAGUUGUUCCUCCCCUCGGAUUGUGAGUCGUGCCGCACGCUGGCUGCGUUGAGCCGACUUCACCUCGGUCUCAACUCCACCGAACUCCAGACGUCCUCUUUCCUCCAGUCUGUGUGUGUCCAUCACCCCAAUGCCAUCUUCAAGUGUGAGGCUUUUACCAAAGUCUACGGCUCUCGACUGCAGAAGGUUUUGGGAAACCAGAAGGACAUUCCACAUGCUUGUGAAAGAGCUGAUCUGUGCGUUGCCUCGAAGAAGUUGGAGCCGCUCGGAAACAAUAGGUGUACUUGGGGACCGAGCUACUGGUGCAAAGACGUUCACACUGCUCAGAAGUGUGGAAACCAGGCCUUCUGUGAGAAGUACCUGUGGAAGCAGUGAACCAAGCUGCCAGCCUGUGUUCACACAAAUAACUACUUUCUUUUAUAAAUGUAUUGCACUAAUCAACUCUUAAACUUUCAGAAAUGUAAUGCACUGAACUUUGUUUUUUUACUUUUUGGAGAAAUCUUCGAUCUCAGUCUCUUUCAGUCAAUGAUCCAUAAAUAUUCAUCAUGAAAUGUCACAAGACAGGCUUGUAUUAUUCAGUAGAUUGCUAUGUGUGUUAAUAUGAAUGUGGAACUUGCUAAAUGUGUUCCUUACAUAUGAGCUCUUAGUAUGUAUUAGACUAUUUUAAGAAAACAAAACUGCUUAUUGUCGCCAUUCUAUGAUCCAUGGUGCAAAUAACCACAUACAUAUGCGAAGGUCCUAAAUUAAUGUCAUUAAAAAUUCAAAAAGCA